GAUUAUUUCAACAUCGUCCGUCAUAAAAGGAAAGGUAGAGAGAAGUUGGUUGGCUGGUUGGAAUACGAGUAUUAUACUGCAGAAAUCAUAAUGGUGUGAAAUGGCAGUUGACUCAAUAAAACUCUUCUGCCUUCUGAUUUCCUUACAUCAAGAGAGAAAUCCGUAAAAGUGCAGACCAGCUAUACCAGUACGAGUCCUGUUCGAUCAAAUGCCAGAUUCCUCCCCUCAUUCUAAUCAUUUCAUGAAAACCACUGCCUGCUUUGAUGCAAAGAAAGAAAGAUCACUGGGAGGAGAUGAUCGGUUGUCUAUGUCUUCUUCAACGUCAGACCACAAAAUCAAAAGCCUAAAAGGAGUAAAAGACAUGACACAGAAUUUCCGGGGCACAAUAUCGUUCAGAAGAAAGGGGAGAACGAGAAUGAAGAAGAAGCCUACUUUAGUUUCAGAAGAGAAGUCGAAUUCUUCCUUGCCCAUCAACACAGAAGGGAGUUUCCAGGCAAGUCCCCAUGGUUCUGAAUCUAAUUUGGGUAGUAGUGGUGACAGUCAAACUCCUGUUAAUGCUCAACCAAACAAGUUUAAAACAUUAAUGAGGACUUCUAGCAUGAGGGGUGUGAGGCUUAGUUUCAAACCCAAGAAGUACUCUGUGCGUGUUAAAUCAACUUGUGCUUCAACCAUCAAGAAUUCAAAGUUUCCCGAAAGGGUCGACUCAGAAAGACUAUCAGCAUAUAAAGUUUGUUCUUACCAUCAUUGUUGUCUCAAUAAACAUUCUCAUGACACUCGACCAAAGACUUUGUCAAAUCCCGAUAGGAGAAAUAGUCCAAAUCUCAUAGCUACCUCAACCAUAGAGGAUAGCUGUGUGAAAGGAAACACCCAUCCGUCUAAUAAAGCCAAAUUAGACUUGCAGGGCAUAAUUUCCCAGCCAAGUUCAGCUGGAAAAUCUGAACCGAAGAAUCGGGCACGACUUGUAGAUUAUGAAUCCAAGUCCUCAACUAAGGAGAAGCAUUUCAACAUGUGGAACCUUUUCCAACAGCAUAUGAUAUCAGAUCCUGCUGAUGAGACAGCAAACCAGUUGGCUGCACCAGUAAGUUCAGAAUCUUGCAGCACAGAAAUGGAAAAUGCAGAUCUGAAUGGGGAGAAUGAGAUUGAAGUCAAGAAGCUUAUUGCUAUUAAGCUCGUACGGGAAGCGAUAGAGAAGAUUCUCCUUCCUGAAGUUUCUGAACUGUCAUCGGACAAUCAAUCAAUAGCAAGUGAUCAAAGCACUCUUGAUCAAGAAACAUCAGAAUACAGCAAAGAUGAUGAUUCAGAGUCAAGUUUGAUCACUGAUAGCAAAGGUUUCCAGGAAAAAGUAAAAACAAUAAGAGAAGUUUCCAUAAAACCUGAAAAGAAAGCACCUAAACAUUGGGACAAUUUAAAGAAAUGGAUUCUUCUCCAACGGUUUGUCAAAGAAUUGGAAAAGGUCAAAAGGAUCAAUCGUCCAAGGAACACAAGGCAGCUUGAGGAUGAUGUUGAGCAUGACCCAGAAGCAGAAAAGAUUCGCUACCUGAGACCUCAAAACGUCGACGAAAGGAAAAGAACAGAGGAAUGGAUGCUCGAUUACGCACUACAGCAAGCAGUGAGCCAACUUGCUCCUACCCAGAAAAGGAAAGUAGAACUUCUCGUAAGAGCAUUCGAAACAGUGGUCCCACCUCAGGGAGGUUGUAGUAAUAGUAUUCAAACCACACUUCCUAAGCUCAAAUCCAACAGUGAAGAAGAGCAAAUUACAACAAAAGGGAAUGAGUGUUCCCCGAAAGCAGAUGAAGUAACAAUUUACCAUGACAAGAAAGUAGCUACUGAAAUUACCCUUGAGGAGGAGACAAAGCAUCAACAACCUGAAAAGCAGAAGCACAUCAGCAUGUGGCAUAUGAUAUCUCAACACGUCCUUCCAGGCGUGAUCACAAAGGUUGGGACCCAGCUGCUUGAUGAAACAGAUGAUGAGGUCGAGGUCGUAAUUACUGUGCGGGGAAGAAAAGCUCACCAAGAUUUCAGUAGGGACGAUGCUAUUGAGCUUGUGAAAGAGGUGGUUCAUGAGAUCCUCAUAACAAAGGUUCAAGACGAUUCAUCCGACACACAAUUGGUCACUAGUGACAUGGUUCCCGGAAAGGAGCUGCCAGUAAUAAACCUCCCGCAGAAUAAUUCAAACCAGGUUCGAGAUGGCGACACUGGUGAUAGUAUUGUCGUCAAGGAAGAAGGAAAGAAACAAGUGACUCUUUCAAAGUCCAAGAAUUGGAGCAAGCUGAAGAGACUCAUGUUGUUGAAGAGAUCCAUCACGGCUCUUCAAAGUGCCAGGAAACCAGAAAAAGUGGAGCUAAGGAAUCAGAUGAUCGAUGAGAGGAGGAAGGCGGAGCAAUGGAUGCUAGAUUAUGCUGUCCAAAAUAUUGUCACUAAACUAACACCAGCUCGCAAAAGAAGGGUGGCGAUGCUUGUGGAAGCUUUUGAAGCAGUUGUUCCCUUUCCUCAAGUAUAAUAAACUCCAUAUAUAGUGCAUACACAAGUUCAGAAGGUAUAAACCUGAAUAAGAUCAUUGCUUGUAUUUAUAAGUUUUGCUGAUAGGUUAGUAUAUACGAGCCAAAAUUUGAAGAUCUGAACUAACAUAUAAGACAAGUCAUACUACCCGCUACAAUAUAAAGAUUCAAAUUUACAUAAGGCACUGAACUACUUAUAUCAGAUUGACUAAAACCCGGAAUCUGAAUGGUAACAUAUAAUUUAUAACGAACAAUAUAUUGUUAUAGGACCA